AGGCGGGCGCAGGGCGCCCCCCCAGUCACUUCGCGCGUUAGGAGGCUCGGGUCGUUUUGCUGUGCCGUCUUCCCGCUUGCGCCAGGGACCUGCCCGACUCAGUGGCCGCCAUGGCAUCAGAUGAGGGCAAGCUUUUCGUCGGAGGGCUGAGUUUUGACACCAACGAGCAGUCACUGGAGCAGGUCUUCUCAAAAUAUGGACAGAUCUCAGAAGUGGUGGUCGUGAAGGACAGGGAGACCCAGCGAUCGAGGGGCUUUGGGUUUGUCACCUUUGAGAACAUCGAUGAUGCCAAGGACGCCAUGAUGGCCAUGAACGGGAAGUCUGUGGAUGGGCGGCAGAUCCGGGUCGACCAGGCUGGCAAGUCGUCUGAUAACCGAUCCCGCGGGUACCGAGGUGGCUCUGCCGGGGGCCGGGGCUUCUUCCGCGGGGGCCGAGGCCGGGGCCGUGGGUUCUCCAGAGGAGGAGGGGACCGCGGCUACGGGGGGAGCCGGUUCGAGUCCAGGAGUGGGGGCUAUGGAGGCUCCAGAGACUACUACAGCAGCCGGAGUCAGGGUGGCAGCUGCGGUGACCGAAGCUCGGGCGGGUCCUACAGAGACAGCUACGACAGUUACGCUACACACAACGAGUAAAAAUCCUUCCUGCUCGAGAUCGUCCUUCCAAUGGCCGUAUAUUUAAAGAUUUUGGGAGCUCCGCUGAAUCGUUAAUGUGUAGUGAUCACACCUCCUUGUACCCACUUUUGUAGUCUUAUUGGUUCUGAUCUUGUCAAACACAGCCUGACUGCUUCUGGCCCUCAGAUGGCCUCGUUACUACACUUUGCUUUUUAAGGAAGCGCUGUCCGUUUUUAAGAGUCUUAAAAACGUUUUGAAGAGCCCUUCCAGUUUUACUUUUACCUUUUUACCGUGAGCCAAGAGUUUUUUUUUUUUAGAAAAUCACCAGGGGUUGUGAGACUUUUGUUUUUUGUUUUCGGUUGUGUUGCUUUUUUUCUUUUUCUUUUCAGUGGGGUCAGCCCCGUGAAGUUGGGUGCCCCGAGUCACUUCUCUUUGAGAUAGAACAGACUCUGAAUCUGCUCUUUGUCGGAAGCUGAGCAAGUUGUAGCUUUUUUCCAACUCGGUGUCACGUUUCUGAGUGUAGCGUGGUAGAACCGUGCGGGUGGCAGCAGAGCACCCGGGCUGCCCUGGCCCGGCCCGGGCGCCCACCUGUCCUGUGGGACCCACAGUAGACUUGCAGACAUCCCCGAGAGGUUCUUGAAAAUGUGUAUUUAUAUUGUCCUUUUUUGCCGGAAGACGUACGCAUAUCCCGUCAAUGUUGUAUCUGAAGUGGUGAAGGAAUUCUUGUACGCAGUUUUCUUUGGCUUCACGAAGCCGAUUAAAAGACCAUCUGAAUGAA